ACUUAACCAAAAAAUUUCCACAAUUUCCAACCUCAUUUUCUUAAAAAAAAGUUCUGCUCAUUUUCACGUUUAAAAGCUCAUUUUACACAACUUCGAUGGCUAAAAAAACUCAUUCUCUAAAAGUUAAGAAUAAGAAAUCACAAUCAAAGUCUUUUGCUAAAAAAUCUCUGCACCAGAAAUCCAAGUUCAAAGAUGGAAAGUCGCCAAAGAAAAAUUUUAUGCUCACAAAACAUAAACAAUUAAAAAGUAAGAAAAAGAAAAAAGAAGAAACAGGGAAGGAAGUUCUAACACCAAAGGUCUUCUCACACGAAAAUAAAAAGAUUGUCGAAGAACUUUACUCCUCUAAAUUUGAUACCCAGCACGAAGUGGGAGAUUGGGACAUGCUAGAAGAAGAGUAUGAGAAUUUAUACCAACAAGAAGAGACCACGCUUACUAAACAUCUGUUACCAAUUAAAACCAAAACGGGAAUCGUUCCUGUAGUGGAAGAAAUCUCGAAUGAAGCAGAUGAGCCACAGAUCAGUGAAGACGAAGUUGAAGAAAACGAGGUAGAAGAGGAGCCCAAGGUUACUACAACGAUCACGGCGGCAGAACUAUUGGUACGGCAGAGUAAAACUGUAGGAGAUAAAAAGAUUCAAAUUGGCAGUUUGAGUGCCAGUAUUUUAGAAGACCCGAAUGAGAAAAUUGAUAAUUUAAGGAUUUUAGUCAAGAUGCUUGAAAGAGAUGAAGUGAAUGAUUCGUUAAUAAUUAAAAAAAUGGUUAUUAUGUCUUUAGUUGAAGUCUUCAAAGAUUUAUUGCCUUCGUAUCGUUUUAAGGAAGAUCUUGAUAAGUCCGUAAAAUUAAAAAAGGAGACGUUAAAAUUAAAUAAAUUUGAAUCAACAAUUCUGCAAAGUUAUAAAAAGUUUCUUCGCUUUUUAGCAAUAUUUUCAUCCGUUUUAAUUAAACAACAAGGUAGAACUGCAACGUCUAACAACGUGAAAUUGAGAUUGGGAGAGAUAUCUGUGAAUGCGUUGUCCGAGUUACUACAGGCGCAUCCUUAUUUUAACUACAGUGAAAAUAUAGCGCAAGUUGUAAUCCCCUUUUUGAACCAUUCAAAUAGUGCGAUUCGCGAGAAAGUUAAAUUAAUGUGCAAAACAAUAUUUAGUGACGAUUUAAAAUCGGAAAUAACACUGAAGAUUGUGAGACUAAUAAAUCAUUAUCUCAAGAAAUUUGAUUUCGUCAUCCACACAGAAAUGCUGGAUGUACUGCUUUUUUUAAAAAUUAAGGAAGUCAACAUGGAUAACGAAAGGAUUCAGAAAUUGAAGCAGAAGAAAUUACAGUCACAUAAGGGAAAUAUAUUGAAACUGUCGAAAAACGAAAAGAAACGGGCUGCACGCGUGAAGGAAGUGGAAAAGGCGCUAAUGGAGGCGAAAGCUGAAGAGAGCAGACAGGGUAAACAGAAGAAUGUCACGGAAAUAACUAAAUUCAUUUUCGGAAUUUUCUUUAAAGUGUUGAAAAACUCUACAAAUACGAAAAUUGUAGGCAUAUGUUUACAAGGGGUCGCACAGUUCGCGCAUUGCCUGAGUAUCGAGUUUUAUAUGGAUCUUAUUGCUAUUUUAGGCAAUCUGCUACAGGAGGAUUGGAUGGCUUACACGGAGAAGCAGAAAUGCAUUCAAACAAUUUUUGCUAUUCUUUGUCAACAAGGGGAAGUAUUCAAUUUUGAUCCGGCGGGAUUUUAUUCUAAUAUAUAUGAAGAGUUGUUAACUGUUCACUGUGGACAUACCUACAAGGACUUCAGUGUAGUUUUAGAUACUCUCAUAUACGCAUUAGUGAAACGUCAAAAGAAAAUAUCCCAAAAGCGGAUGGCAAGUUUUCUGAAGAGGUUGGCAACGUUAAGCUUGCAAGUAUCUCACGAUGGGGCAUUAAGUUGUUUGGCCAUUUGUAAAUCCCUUUUACAGUCGAAUACUGCGAUGGACAUUUUAUUAGAUUUGGAAUCGUCAUGGGGCGAUGGCUCCUAUCAGCCUGAAUUAAACGAUCCCGAAUACUGUAACGCAUCCAAUUCUGCUUUGUACGAGUUAAGUCUGUUAUAUCGUCAUUAUCACCCUACCGUUUCAGAAUAUUCAAGACGUAUUGCGCACGGGACUUCUGCUUCAACUGAAGGUUUACCUAAUGUUCUUAGUCGAGCUUCGGCGGAUGAAAUAUUUAAAACCUUUGAUAUGUCACAAAUGUGCUUCUCUCCAUCAAUUCCAAUUUUAAAAAAUGUACCUAAAAACAAAAUAAGGCACAAGUGCAAUGAUCUUAAUUUUGUUAGAAAUUGUAAAACGAUUAUAAAAAAUGAGAAAUGCGGUAUAUUGUCCUAAAUUAAAGUUGCAGUUUACACUUUUAAAA